UUGUUUGUCGCGCAGCCCCAAGAAAGUAUGGCGACGUGGGAAAGCGACAAAUUUCAAGAAGACGAGGAUGCCGAUGGUAUCGGGGACAGUUUGGACAGGCUUCUCGAGACGCAUGAUCUGCAAGACUGCUUGGACAACACCCUGGACUUGACGGGUUUCGAGGUCUACGAGGAGAGUACGGUGUUCGAUGAAAAGUACUCCGACGACGAAGCUGCUAUCAACGAGAGGCCGAUACCCGCCGAUGACAACACGACCGGGCAUAUUCAACAUAUAAUCAUUCAAAAGGAUGAAAUUCAUCAAGAGCAAGAUAUAUUAUUUGAAGAUCAUGCAACUUCUCAUGAAACUGUCGCAAUUGAAAAUAUUGACCCGGAUACUAGUCAGAAGCACAUCAAUCGUUAUAAUUGCCAAUACGAAGGCUGCAGCAGAACAUACAGUACCAUUGGAAAUUUGCGUACCCAUCUGAAAACACAUAAAGGCGAGUAUCGAUUUAAAUGCGCAGAGCCGAAUUGCGGCAAGGCCUUUCUCACAUCCUACAGCCUAAAGAUCCACAUUAGGGUACACACAAAAGUAAAACCGUUCGAAUGCAAUCACAAAGGCUGCGAGAAAGCAUUCAAUACCCUUUACAGACUGAGAGCUCACCAAAGACUUCAUAGUGGCAAUACAUUCAACUGCGAAGAGACUGGAUGCGUUAAAUUCUUCACUACUUUAAGCGAUCUCAAGAAACAUAUACGUACUCAUACUCAAGAAAGACCAUACAAGUGCAGAGAAAAGGGUUGCGGAAAAGCUUUUACAGCUUCGCAUCAUUUAAAAACGCACAAGAGGACACAUACAGGCGAACGACCGUAUGUUUGUACCUUCGAAAAUUGCAGACGACGUUUUACUACUCCUCACAGUUUAAAAAGCCACAUAAAAACGCAUAAUAAAACUGUGAAUAAUGAAACGAAGCGUAGAGACAACAGGAGUGACGAUGCUAUUGAGAAACAAAAAAAGGUGACUCAAUUGGAAUUGAAACUUGUGAAAGUUAGCGCGAGUGACACCAUUAUACCGUCAUACGCUGUCAUACCAAUAUCUUCAGAUCUCGCGCAAAAUCAUGAAAAUAUAUCAUAUAUUUCUACGGAAAAUGAUACAGUAGGACAAGUAGUUCCCACCAAUGUAACAAUGGACAUUAUGAAUCAUCGCAAAUUGGAUGUAAGACUCGAUUAUAUCUCUACCAAAGAUGUAGAAGACUCGAAUAAUAGAACCACCGAAGUUGCACUUCUCGCAACGGAUAUGCGCGCGUUAGAUAAUUUUAACGAACACGCGGUUGAUGCUUUUAACAAUAAUGAGGAUUACGAAUUUAAAGUAUUCGAUCAAAUGACUGAAUCAAAUAUGCAACAUGAUAAUUUAACGGAUAUAGUUAGGCAUCAUCCGCAGAAGUCAUCCUCGUUAUCAGAAGUGUGUAGUGAUAGCAUAGAUAAGCAGGAUCAAUCUAUCCCGAUAAACUUAGGACAAAAGAUUAUGCAGGAUGGUUUGCAAAACACAAUAGCGCAUAUUUCGGAAGGAACAGAUUUCACAAGUGAUAUAAAACAGUACAAAAACGAAUCCUCCACUGUUUCUGACGAUAUAUUUGCAAACCGCUCGAAUGCAGAAAGUAUAGCCGACAGUAACGCGUUAUAUAGUGCCAAUUGUAUUACUAGUCAUAUUCCGGAUAUUAUAAGUUCCUCGAAUGAAACUCUUUUCGAGAAUGGAAUGGAUGCUCUCUCGUUCAUGAAUGAUGCGACUUUGCAAAGUGGAGACUCUCUCAAUGCGGUUUCAAAUCACGAUCUGUGCGCAGACACUGUCAUUACAAACGCGCAAUCCGAAGCUGUUGAACUCGCGAUAGCCACGGAAGAAGAAUUACCUUCAUCUUGGAUAGAUGUUACGGCAUUGGCAACUGCACCCACGUUGAAAGCACAGUCUUGGUCUGAGUUAAACGCUUUUUCCACAGCAGUUCAUUCCCUGGUUGAUUUAGUAGGUCCAGAACCUUAUCCAUUAGAGAUAGAUUCUCAAUUGCUGCCUAUGGAAAAUUUAAGAAAUAUUAAUACAGUGAAUAUGGAAUAUACUUUAGCAAAUACCGAGAUUGUACAGUAUCAAAAAGCUGCCGAUUAUGAGCACAAGAGUAUAAGUAAUAUUAAAAACAAAAAAGAUAAUAAAAAUGUUCUGCAAGAGAUUACAGCAGAUGCUGAUAUAUGUAAAUGUAACGAUUGCAAAUGCGAUAAUUUACAAAAUUGCCAGAAUUGCACACAUAACUCUGAUGAGACGGAAGUUGUGAAAAAAGAUACAAUAAAAAUCGUAGAUGACUUCGUGUCUUCCUUGCAAAGUGGAUGUUCCUGCAACACCGAGUCCGGUGGUUGUGAUUCUUGCUGUGUUGUAAUUUGUUUAAAGACAUUACAACAACUACAGAAAGUAUUUAGCAAUUGCUGUAAAAGUACCAAUACCACAAAUAUGUGUUGUAGGGAAAAAUUGCUACCAUCCUUGCUGAAGUGUCAAUUAGCCAGAAAUCAAUAAAUCACAUAUUUUCUUCAUUAACUAGUCACACAAGAAAAUAAUGCUAUCUUCAUGUAACGUCUUUUUUUUCCCUAUAAAGAUGUGAUUUUACAUUUGAUAGCUUUAAUUCGCCUUGGGUAAUUUUUGCCUUUCAAAUAUUUUAUCUAGGACAAAUUGAGAAUAUAUGACUGUACAUACAUAUGUCUA